CUCUUCUCUCUACCAUGCGCAAAAGAGAGCGAACGACUAAAAGAAAGGGAGAGGGAGAGGUGGAGGAUCAGCAAAGAGUGCAAAACAAAGCUUGAGCGAGAGGCUCACGAUAUGCAAUUGGGGAGAAGGAAAAAAACUCUGAGUAAGUUUAUUCUUAAGCAUUGCUCUGUUGGAUUUAUGGGCGUGAACAAGUUGGAUUAAAACUUUAGGUUUUAGUUCUAUUUCCUCUCUGGUUGUGGUUGCAAUUGGAGUCAAGGAGAAUUGGAUAUUGGUCUCUUGCUUUUGGUUCCAGAUGUGGCCUAUAACAAGCAAAAGGACAAGUAAGUGAAAUACAACCAAUGGCGAGUGAAAGGCCUGGACCAUCCACUUACCCAGGAAGACCUGCCAUCUCACCGUUUACAGCUGCUCCACAGACAACGAUGCCCUUUCUAUCCUCUGGGCUUGUGGUGGGAUCAGAGGGCUCUGGUUAUAGAGCUAACACACCUGCUGGAUUUAAUGGUCCUUCUAUGUCUUCUCCACCAUCAGCUUAUGCCUCACCAAAUUUAGGCACUUAUCAACGUUUUCCUGGUCCUGCAUCAACUCAACUGAUAUCCAGCGCAAAUGGUCCACCUACUGGGCAGCCUGUUUUACUCCCACCAGUUCUUCCUUCUACAGGGCAGCAUGUUCUAGCUCCACCUGGUUCCUUCCACCCACAACCUCAGAUUCCAUCAGUGCCUAUGGGACAACCACCUCAAAGUUUGAAUCUUCAACCACCAAGAGGGAGUUUUCCCAGUUCUCCUUUAGAGUCAUCAUUUAUUGCUCCCAGGCCAGCUUCACAGUCAUCUUUACAUGGAUAUCCCACUAGACAAGCUAACCUGGUUUCACAAGUUCCACCAGUGCAGUCUCCUCCCUUUCUUGCUCACCAAGGAGGUUAUGUAUCACCCCCACCCCUGGCAGCUCCUGUGGGUCUAAGUUCAAGGGAACAAAUGCAGCAUACUGGUGGGGGGCCUCCUGUUGGUGGCAUACAAAAUUUGGUAGAGGAGUUUCAGUCACUAUCAGUUGGGUCGGCUCCAGGAUCAAUUGAUCCUGGACUUGAUUUCAAAGCAUUGCCUAGGCCUUUGGAUGGUGAUGUGGCGCCAAGUUCCUUAGCCAAUAUGUAUCCCUUAAAUUGUCAUUUAAGAUAUUUACGGCUUACAACAAGUGCAAUACCAAACUCCCAAUCAUUGCUUUCGAGAUGGCAUUUUCCUCUUGGAGUGGUUAUUCAUCCUCUUGCCAAAGCACCUGAUGGGGAGGAAGUACCUAUAGUUAAUUUUGGACCAACUGGCAUUAUUCGGUGUAGAAGAUGUCGCACUUAUGUUAAUCCCUAUGUUACGUUUACAGAUGGAGGAAGAAAAUGGCGCUGCAACAUCUGUUCUCUGCUUAAUGAUGUUCCUGGUGAAUAUUUUGCACACUUGGAUGCGACUGGUAGACGAAUUGAUAUUGAUCAACGACCUGAACUUACAAAGGGUAGUGUGGAAUUUGUUGCUCCGACAGAAUAUAUGGUGCGGCCUCCAAUGCCGCCACUAUAUUUUUUUCUCAUUGAUGUAUCAAUAUCUGCUGUUAGAAGUGGUAUGCUUGAGAUUGUGGCAAAAACCAUCAAGUCUUCUUUGGAUGAACUGCCUGGUUUCCCCAGAACACAGAUUGGAUUCUUGACUUUUGACAGCAUGCUGCAUUUUUAUAAUUUGAAGUCAUCUUUGUCACAGCCUCAAAUGAUGGUGGUGUCAGAUUUGGAUGAUAUAUUCGUACCAUUGCCAGAUGAUCUCCUUGUCAAUUUAUCAGAGUCAAGAAAUGUGGUGGAUGUAUUCCUAGAUAGCUUGCCAUCAAUGUUUCAGGAAAAUUUAAAUGUGGAAUCUGCUUUUGGUCCAGCUCUUAAAGCAGCCUUCAUGGUUAUGAGUCAACUUGGAGGAAAAUUGUUGAUAUUCCAGAGUACACUGCCAUCUCUUGGUAUUGGCCGCUUAAAGUUACGUGGUGACGAUCCUCGUGCAUAUGGAACAGAUAAAGAAUAUGCAAUAAGAAUACCAGAAGAUCCGCUUUAUAAGCAAAUGGCUGCUGACUUUUCCAAGUUCCAGAUAGGAGUGAAUGUCUAUGCUUUCAGUGACAAUUACACUGAUAUAGCUUCCCUAGGAACACUAGCAAAAUAUACUGGUGGCCAGGUGUACUACUACCCAGGUUUCCAAUCAAGCAUUCAUGGUGAGAAGUUGAAAUAUGAGCUCACAAGGGACCUUACAAGGGAGACUGCCUGGGAAGCUGUAAUGCGCAUAAGAUGUGGGAAAGGGGUGCGGUUUACUACUUAUCAUGGACACUUCAUGCUAAGGUCCACAGAUUUAUUGGCACUUCCAGCUGUAGACUGUGAUAAAGCCUUUGCAAUGCAGUUGUCUUUGGAAGAUACAUUACUGACAACUCAGACUCUGUAUUUCCAAGUUGCUCUUCUAUACACUUCAUCUUCUGGUGAAAGGCGUAUCAGAGUUCAUACAGCAGCAGCACCUGUGGUAACAGAUCUUGGAGAGAUGUACCGCCAGGCUGAUACUGGUGCCAUUAUUUCCUUGUUUAGUAGGCUUGCAAUUGAGAAAACUUUGUCUUAUAAGCUGGAAGAUGCACGCAACUUUAUUCAGCAGAGGAUUGUGAAAGCCCUUAGAGAAUAUCGAAAUCUCUAUGCUGUGCAGCAUCGCUUGGGUGGCAGGAUGAUAUACCCGGAGUCAUUGCAAUUCUUGCUUUUGUAUGGAUUAGCACUAUACAAAUCCGUACCACUCCGUGGGGGAUAUGCUGAUGCUCAGCUUGAUGAACGCUGUGCAGCUGGUUACACUAUGAUGACUCUACCUGUUGCAGCACUAUUGAAGCUUCUCUAUCCUAGGUUGAUUCGGAUUGAUGAAUACCUUCAAAAUGCGUCCAUGAAGAUUGAUGAUUUUGGAAAAUUUUCAAAAUCAUUACCAUUAGCCAUGCAAAGCUUAGAUUCCAGGGGUCUAUAUAUUUAUGAUGAUGGGUUUCGCUUCAUUUUGUGGUUUGGGAAAAUGCUUUCUUCUGAUAUUGCUGUUAAUUUACUUGGAAUGGACUUGUCUACUUUUCCUGACCCAUCCAAGGUUAGCCUUUCUGAGAGAGAUAAUGAGAUGUCAAAGAAGCUAAUAGGGAUACUGAAGAGAUUCAGGGAAAGCAACCCUUACUACUAUCAGCUGCCCCAGCUCUUAAGACAAGGGGAGCAACCAAGAGAAGCUUUCUUGCUGUUUGCAAACCUUUUGGAGGACCAGAGUUGUGGAACCAGUGGGUAUGUCGACUGGAUGCUGCAAUUACACCGGCAAAUUCAACAAAGUGCAUAAUAUGGAGGUUUAGUUCCAAGCUUCUCUAUCUUCUGUGAUAACCAAGCAGCCAUCAACAUUGCUCAUAAGCCUGUUCAACAUGACAAAACAAAGCAUAUUAGGGUGGAUAGACAUUUCAUAUUGGAAAGGGAAAAUUUAGUUGCCAUUUAUUACUUCUGAAGAACAAUUAGCUGAUGUCUUGACCAAGCGAGUUCCAAAAGGGAAGCUACUACAUUAUGUAAGCAAGCAGAGCAUAGUUGACAUCUGUGCUCAACUUGAGGGGGAGUGUAGAAAGACUGGACUGAAUGUUCCCUAGUGCUCUUUUAUUUCUUGUCUUUUAUUAGUUAUGUUUAUGUUAAUGGGCCUCGUCCAUAUAGGCUUGUUAACUCUUUUUUAUGUUAUGUUUAAGAGCUUGCCACCCCAUUAAGGGCAUCUUUGUAAUUCUGUUCAUUAUGAUUGAAUUAGUAAAUAGUAAAUAGGAGAAAGAAUAGAGAACUGAUUGAAUUCCCCUUUC